UCAAUUUACAGCUUUCUUCCUCGCUCUUUAUAUUCAAACAUAACAGAAACCCUCCUUCCUCUCCCUCUUGUUUCAAUCUUCUCUGAUUUCUCCAUCAAUGGGGAGCGAACCCAAUACUCCCACUUCUCUCAAGAAGAAACUCAUCAAGUCCCCUCUAUGCAUCUCGUGCUGUUUUCGCAGAUUCAACAACCGCUACCACCGCCAUCACCGCCACCAAGUGCACGACGAUAACUUAAAUUCCCCGAAAUCGCCACAGGGCCUCAUUACUCGAUCCUCCUCGGCGUCGGGGAAAUCGCGCCACCAUGAAAUGCCGGAACUCAAGGAGAAAUGCCGGAAUCUGAUUUCAUGCAUCGGCGGAGGUGGCGGAGGAGGUGUUGUGCGACAUUCGAGAAGGCACUCCGCGGAUUUUCACUACGACGCGUUGAGUUACUCGCUGAAUUUCGAUCACGGAUGCGACGGCGCUUACCUCGACGAAUAUCCUCUGAGAGAUUUCUCCGCCAGGUUGCCUGUCUCCCCGCCGUCUACCGAUUCUCCGUCGUCUUCGUCGUCCUCCAGGAGAGAGAUCGUGGCUUUCACUUGAUCCGGUUUCUUGACUCCGGUUCUUGACUACGGUUUCUCUCCGUACGUUAACGGCGGC